UUUUUUCCUUGUGUUUUAAGGAUGUUAUUGUUAAAGACGAGUAAUCCCCUUGUUGCUUUACGCUUUUUUUCAAGGACAAGUCAACUUUUGGUAAAAAGAAUAAAAGAAUCGGUUGAAGGUGAUUUAACUAUAGUUGAAUUGGAAUCUUUGCCUGAAACACAAAAAUCUUCAAAAUUUGGACCUUCCAAACUUCCCACUGUUUGUCAAUCAGAUGUUCAGACGUGUAAUUGUCCUUUGUGCAAAAUUUCUGUCAAAAUUUCCUACCAAGAUGUUCUCAUUUUGGAGCAAUUUAUGAGGUUGGAUGGGACUGUUCUUCCAAGGGAGUUGACAGGUUUAUGUUCUGAACAACAACAACGCUUAGAACGUUGUGUAAUGGAAGCGCAUUGGUCUGGACUGUUCCCUGACCGAACAAUUCCCGAAUUUGACCGUUCUGGCUAUAAACGUUUUAAUAGACAUUGGGAUGAUGAUUCUGCAAUGUUUCGACUUGAAUACAAAAUGCAGCCUGGAAGUUGGUUUUAUAUUAAAAGAUAUAAUCCUAGAGCGGCAUUGUACAAGAAGAGGGAAGAAGAGGCUACUGGAUAA